AUGAGGGCCAAGCAAGUGAACUUGAUGAUGGCGCUCAUCGCAGUCAUGCUCUUCAGCUUCUCCUGUUUCUGUAUCUACAGGAUGACUCAGACCAGUAAUCAAUUAAUUAAUUGUAGAAACCAUAUUUUGGAGUUUAAGGAAAAUUUUCUACGUUUAAAAAACAAAACUGAAAGAAAUCGCCAAGAGCUGAUGGAAGCCUUGAGUAGAAUGAAGUAUGACAAUAGACAGAGUGUAGAUGUACCCGUAAAGUUAGGUGAGAAGGAAGUGAAUACAUUGGAUAAGAAUGAAACAGUGUUUAAUACAUUUGAAGUCUUAAAGUUCUUUCUCCCUCAUCUGAGGAAAGUAGGCAGAAUUUAUCCUGAUGUAAUCAUCAGCAAAAAGAAAGAAGGCGUGUCUUUUGCACUGGGCAUUUCCACUGUUAAAAGACGAAAUCAUAGUUACCUGAAGCAAACGCUGACCUCGCUUGUUUCCAGGAUGACGCUUUCGGAGGAGAAGAACUCGGUAGUGAUCGUCUCUAUUGCAGAUAGUAAUGAAGAGUAUUCAAAAUCUGUUGUUGACAUGAUUACGAAAAAAUUCAAAAGGCAAGUGAAGUCUGGAUCCUUAGAGGUGAUUUCAAUACCUGCCUUUUUUUAUCCAGACACGUUACAUGCCAUGCAAUCAGCUGAGGACUCACAAAAACUAGAGAGUUGGCGAAUCAAACAAGUUUUGGAUUUUUGUUUUUUGAUGCUGUAUGCCCAACCUAAGGCCAUGUAUUAUCUACAGCUAGAAGAUGACAUCAUAGCUAAAAAGAUGUACUUUACAAAAAUCAUAGAUUUCGUACAUAGUAUCACUUCAAAUAAUUGGUUUUAUAUUGAGUUUUCAGUUCUUGGAUUUAUAGGAAAGCUAUUUAAAUCUGAGGACUUAACUGACUUCAUACAGUUUUUUUUAAUGUUCUACAAAGAUAAACCCAUAGACUGGCUGUUGGCGGACAUUUUUCAGGUGAAGAUGUGUACCCCAGGAGAAACUCCUGAGAAAUGUGUAGAACGAAAUAAGCAAAUUCGUAUUCGAUAUAAACCUUCCCUUUUCCAGCAUGUGGGCAUACAGUCAUCACGUCUUGGAACUGAACAAUAUUUAAAAGAAAUACGAAGCUAACCAUAACAAGAAGAAACUCUGUAAUACCUUGGGACCCCAGACACUGUGCUUUCUAAAUGGCAUCUUUCAGACAUUGUAAUAAUGAAAGUAUAUAAUUAUAUAGAAAAGGAGAAAACAGUGAGCAAACUAGUGGACUUGAAAGCAUUAAACUAUCUCUUAUGUCAAGAAAAAUUAGAACAUUUAUUUAUGAUGUUUAUACUCUUACAAUUUAAUAUUAAAAUAGUAAAGGCAGGGAAGCUUUUAAAAAUUGAGAAAUGUAUUUUGUUUACUUAGAUAGUGAUGCUAUUACAUAAUCUCAAUAAAUAGCUAAAAGCUCAGAAACUUGAUAUUGUCAUGGACAGGUUCAGUAUGAAUUGGUGUAUGUUCUAAUUCAUUUUGUGAAGACAUCUAAAGAAACAGAAAGCAAAAGUUGAAGCAAGCCAGGGUCUGACAGUGCCAUAAUAUCUUCUUGUUUUUUAAAUAAUGUAUUGAAAAUGAUAAACUUAUGCCUAAAUGCCAUUUGAUCUGAUUACCAAACAUCUUGAUAUUAUAUAUUCUAAUAGUCAUUCAGUUCUAAAGAUUUCAUACUUUCUCUUAUUAUUACCUUUUUAACUCAUUGGUUAUUUGGGAAU